AUAUAUGACGUACAUAUUUUCUGAAAAUUGUAAAAUUAAAACCUAUCAUACAACUUCGAGGAACAGUUAAGACUACGUUACUUACAAAUCUGCUAUUUUAAGUCUAUAAUAGAACUUGGAAUAAAACGAGAAAUCGUCACACGGAAUUAUAAGUUAACGGCGUUUGAUAUACAUAUAAAAAUAGCGAUUAGCGAUGCUUUUAAUACCUUCACAAAUCAAUUUUUCACAGGAUUCGAUACGAAAUACAUUUUACAAAGGAGAUUUAAUAGGGGAAACUCUCGACGACUUAUGCACGGGAAGGUGCCUUCUUUCGAGCUUUCCGAAAAUUUACGUAGCAGAUUAUAAUUUCGAGUGGUUCACCAUGGAUAACAGGCGUUUGUGGGUGUUUCGCCAUUUGUACAGACUCGGAAAAUGUGGAAAAAUUCCCGUUGAAGUUGUAUCUGAUAUUGAUCCGGCGAAAAUGACGACAACAAAUGGAGGAAGCUCAAUUACUGUACGAGGUGAUCCAGGAGGGAUUUGGCAUCUUUACCCUGACGGCUUUGGUGCAAGUCGCGAUGGAUCAUAUUUCUGCACCUGGCCGGAAGACUACACAUCUCCUGAGUUAGAGAAAAUUUUGAACCUCAUCAGAAUGAUGAAGAGUAAAUAAAAUGAAAAAAAAUCAAAGUUGAAACACCUGAUUUUUUUAAAACAAAGAAUGUCGACGUGACU